AUGAGACCGUUGAGCGUUCAAUCGAAGUUGGAAGAUUUGGCGACGCACGCAUCCUCAGGACCGUCGUCAUCCUUCGUGAAUAACCACCGAGUGGCGCCGCAAUCGCCGUGGCACUCACCGGUCCCUUACCUCUUCGGCGGUUUAGCGGCGAUGCUUGGACUCAUCGCGUUUGCUCUUCUCAUCCUCGCCUGUUCUUACUGGCGCUUGUCUUCCUCCGGCGAAGAAGACGGCCAAAACGAAGGAGGAGUCGACGAAGAGAAAGGGAGUCAGUCUGGGAAUAAGGCGGCGAACGGAGCGUACGAGGAGAAGUUUCUUGUCAUAAUGGCCGGAGAUGAUUUGCCGAGGUUUCUCGCGACGCCGGCGAUGAAAAAGUGUACGUGUGGUGGUCAUGAGGGUAAAAUGGUAGUUUCUCAGGAGGAUAGUGUUGUUGCCAAAGAGGAAGAGAAGAUGAGAGAAGGUGAAGAAGAGAAAGUUAAAGACACCGGAGAACCAACAACAAGCCACUGA